UGAGUUUGCAAUUGUCGCACGUGUUUUGUUAAAAAUUCGAAUUUAUUCAAAAUCAACUUUGUUCCGCCAAAAUGGGCAAAAAGAACAAAGAUGGCACCAAUCUGGGACGCCAGCUAAUCAAAGAUCGUUUUGGGCACACACCACGUCGCAAGGUGGACAACGACACAAUGCUGCACACAACGGAGCUGCAGGAUGGCUAUGACUGGGGCCGCUUAAACCUCUCCUCUGUAACUGAGGAGUCGUCUUUUAAUGCAUUCUUGCGCACAGCUGAACUGGCAGGCACUGAAUUUCAGGCCGAGAAGCUCAACAUAACAUUUGUUAAUCCGAAACAGCGUGUCGGCUUGUUAAGCAAGACACAGGAGCAGACAAUGCACCAGAAGCACGCCGAGCAUCGGGAUCAGCUAAAGAUUCCGCGUCGCCCCAAAUGGAACAAGGAAACUAGCGCCGAAGAUUUGGAACGUGCCGAAAACGAGGCGUUUCUUAAUUGGCGUCGCGAUUUGGCACUCCUGCAGGAGAACGAGGAAAUCCUUAUGACGCCCUACGAGAAGAAUCUCGAGUUCUGGCGCCAGUUGUGGCGUGUCGUCGAGCGCUCCGAUGUCGUUGUCCAGAUUGUCGAUGCACGUAAUCCGUUGCUCUUUCGCAGCGUCGAUCUAGAGCGUUAUGUCAAGGAGGUUGACAGCAACAAACUCAACAUGAUUUUGGUCAACAAAUCGGAUUUGCUUACGCUGGAGCAGCGUCAGCACUGGGCACAAUAUUUUGACUGUGAGGGCAUACGUACAGCGUUUUACUCUGCCACUCUGGUCGAGGAAGAGCUUAAGCGUGAAGCUGAGGCCGCCAGGCAGGCAGCUGAAUCGCCGACCUCGGCGCUGGAACUCAAGCAGCUGCGCGAGGCAGCCGAGGAGAUCCAACAGUCGCUGAAUGCUGUUGAGCAAACGCUGGACGUAAUCGAGAGCAAGAUGAAGUCAAAGCCGUCGGACGCAACGGAUGUUAAGCUGCCCAGGCUGCCCAGUGACAAAAACAGCGCGCAUCUGUUGUCCAGAACGGAGUUGAUUGACUUCCUGCGCCAUAUCUAUACGGGGCCCAGACACACCGCGCAGCAUGUGACCAUCGGCAUGGUGGGCUAUCCGAAUGUGGGCAAGAGCAGCACGAUUAACUCUUUAAUGACUGUGAAGAAAGUUUCGGUGUCGGCCACGCCCGGCAAGACAAAGCGCUUUCAGACGCUCUUCCUGGAAAAUGACAUUCUGCUUUGUGAUUGUCCGGGUCUGGUUAUGCCCAGCUUUGUGCUUACCAAGGCAGACAUGUUGCUUAAUGGUAUACUGCCAAUUGAUCAAAUGCGCGAUCAUGUGCCCGCCGUGAAUUUGCUCUGCGAGCGCAUACCACGCCACAUUCUCGAGGAUAAGUAUGGCAUUGUGAUAGCUAAGCCCCUGGAGGGUGAGGAUCCGGAUCGUCCGCCUUUCUCUGAAGAGCUGCUGCUGGCCUAUGGCUACAAUCGCGGCUUCAUGACCUCGAAUGGCCAGCCGGAUCAGGCUCGCUCUGCUCGCUAUGUGCUCAAGGACUACGUCAAUGGCAAACUACUUUUUGCUCUGGGCCCACCAUCUGUCAUUCAGUCCGAGUAUCACACAUUUCCGGAGCGCCAACGCAAGCCGGUGGAGGAGUCCCAGCUGCCUGGACAACAGCAACGUGCCAUGCGCAUCAAUAAGAGCACGUCCAAGGAGCUGGAUCAGCAGUUUUUCAACGCCCAACCGAGCGUUGCGCACGUCAAGGGCCGCACCAACUUUCCACAUGUGCGUCUGGCAAACGAUGGCAACCUGGUAACUGGCGAAGCUCCAGCCAAGCCCUGGCGCAAUGUAAAAAAAGAGCGACGCGAGAAGCUGCGCAAAAAGUUCUCCCACCUGGAUGAGCAUUAAUUGUCCAACGUGCAGGUGUCAAACACAGUGCUGCAGUCGGCGGUUGAGACUCUGAGCUCAUUGUAUGCAUGUAUUUAAGAGCUUGUUGAAAGCAAACUGUUUUAAAUUAAAGUUAGCAUAAGCAUUCUAA